GUUGGUUUUCGCACAGUCGCAUUAGAGCGUCGAGCGUGAGUGGUGGUUACUGCUGUCGGUGUACGUCCGGGUGUAAAAAAGCAGAAAGUGAUCGUACGAAUCGUGGGUAGAGUUGUAGGAAUAGAUUGAUAAAGAGAGUUUGAGAAAUUUAAGAGAUAAGUUUCGUAAGAAAUUUGUGGUGUGUUUAUGUAUAAAACAAUAAUCUGCGAUCGUCGCAAACGAAAUCUUGGUCGAUUGACAUAUAUUAUGCUAAGAACGAGUUUCUCUCGAUCACUACCAUAGCAUCAAAAGAUACCGUAGUGGGGAUAGUGCUUAGAACGCUUACAAUUCAGUGUAGAGAGCGUGGUGAAUUAUGACGGAUGAGAGUGUCGACGCAGUGGCACUCAAUGUUGAGGAUGCUAUAUUGGGACAGAGGUUAACGUUAACCUUUCACCAUAUCUGUUAUCGACGUAAGGAUCAGAACGGCGGACGACCGAAGGACAUCAUUAAGAAUGUGUCGGGAAAAUUUCAACCUGGCCGAUUGGUGGCAAUACUGGGCCCGUCUGGUGCAGGGAAGUCUUCCCUGCUGGGUAUCCUUUCCGGAUUAAGACGUACGGGUUUUAUUGGUACGAUUGAAGUGAAUGGAUAUAUGCUGGAUAGAAGCAAAUAUCGUCAACAAUGUGUCUACAUUCAGCAGGACUUCAAUCUGAUCGAUCACCUAACCGUUCUGGAAACGGUGAACUAUGCUGCGGAACUGAAGAUGCCAAACAAAUCCGAAAUGGUGCGUAAGAAGAAGGUGAACGAUAUACUGCAUAUUCUCGGUCUCGAUAAUGGUAUGCGCACGCUGGUGAAGAAAUUGUCCGGUGGUGAGAAGAAGCGGCUAUCAAUCGGAAUCGAGUUGGUGAACAACCCACCAAUCAUUCUGCUAGACGAACCAACGAGCGGGCUGGACAGCGUUUCCGCUAUGGAGCUCAUGAGCUACGUCAAAACAGUUGCCAGCGAGGGCCGUACCGUGGCCUGUGUCAUCCAUCAACCUUCGUCCAGUUUGUUCCAGCUGUUCGACGAUCUGUACCUCUUGUCGGCGGGGAUGUGCAUCUACAAUGGUCCCCUGGACGGAAUGGUCGGUACAUUUGCGGAGACCGGCUUCCAUUGUCCCAAGUUCUACAACCGAGCCGACUUUGCAUUGGAGGUGGCGUCCAAGCCACUGCGCGAACUGGAACAGCUGGUGCAGCGCUACAGCCGACUCGCAAUCGACCGGAAACAAUCGCGACAGGAAAAUAGUAUCAAGGACGAUGGCCUCAACGCUUCACAGUCCGAUGAAGAUAUCGUGCUAGAGCAUAACAAGAGUCCAUCCCACCGGCGUUAUCAAAUUUCACAAUGGAAGCAAUUUUAUGUGCUGUUGCGAAGGUCGUUGCGUGUGACUUCGAGAGAUUUUUUUUUUGCUCAACUUCGUGUUAUUGCUCACAUAUUGGUAGGUGUUCUGCUUGGAGCGGUGUUCUAUAAUUGUGGCCAAGAUGGCGCCCUGGUUAUGGUGAAUGGUGCCUGUUUGUUCUUCUUCCAGCUGUUUAUAUUCUUCGGCAACUCUAUGCCAUGCGUUAUAACUUUUCCACUCGAAACCAAAGUAUUCAUACGGGAGCGGCUCAACAAUUGGUACUCACUCGAGGCGUACUAUUUGUCAAAGAUUGUUGCUGAUCUACCACUGCAGAUCUUAUGCCCAUCGCUGUUUCUCUCGAUCGCAUACUAUCUCACAGGACAGGUGUUAGAAUGGGAACGGUUCGGAAAGCUGUGUUUGAUAUUAUUGCUACUUGGCAUAUUUGCCCAAACGGUGGGUCUUCUUUCCGGUGCCGCUUUUAACAUUCAAAUGGCAACCUUCUUCGUGCCGUGUUUCAGUAUUCCAUCGUUACUAUUCUCUGGCUUUUUCGUGAAAUCGUACGAAAUGAACGAGUAUCUCAGCUAUGUCUCUUACACAUCCUUCUUCCGGUACAGUCUACAGGGAUCAUUGCAGGCAAUUUACGGCGGCAAUAGACCGACGUUUCCUUGCUCGAAGGAUAUCUGUUACUACAACAAGCCGCUCAAGUUUCUCAAGUUCAUGGACACCCGGGAGGAUGGUUUCUGGGAAAAUGUGUACAUACUGUUAGGAUUCAUUGCGGUGUUUCAAAUCAUUCUGUACAUUGUUUUACGCCUCAGAUUGAAAAUAUAUCAAUAAUGUGAGGAACGGGGAAAAACUAA